UCGUAGUCAUCAUUCUUGUCCUAAUGCGAAACUAACAGCGUUUUCCUCAAUUAUGUUGGUAAAAUGUCAAUGACCAUUGUUUGCUCGUUUGGGGCGUCGCUCCGCCCACCGUGUUUGUCGUAAACCGGGCGCCUGACUACAAUAAACCCGAGAUAAGAGCGCCCAGGGCUCGCCUCCUCCUCCAAGGCGAUCAAUCGGAUCUCAGGCGUCCCACAAGCACUCCUCUUACGUCGACAGCCGCCAAGGAGAGCGCCUCGCGCUUCAACGACGCGCUUCGCUCUGCUCCACCAGAUCCACCUGCUUUUUUUCCGAACCAUGUCGUUGAGCCCCAAGCACACGACGCCUUUCUCCGUCACAGACAUCCUGAGCCCCAUCGAGGAGACCUACAAGAAGUUCGGAGGCAUGGACGGCGCUGGGAACCUCGCCUCCCCGCUCGGACCCUACCGGCAGCCCCAGGUGUCCCAGCCCGGCAUGCAGCAGCACUCCAUGGGCCACAACGCCGCCGUGGCCACCACGUACCACAUGCCCCACGGCGUGUCCCAGUUCUCGCACGGUGCCAUGGGGGGAUACUGCAACGGGGGCAUUGGCAACAUGGGAGACCUGCCGUCCUACCAGGAGACCAUGCGGAGCAGCGCGGCGGCCACUGGAUGGUACGGCGCAAACCCUGAUCCGAGAUACUCCACAAGUAUGAACAUGAGCGGCAUGGGGACUCUGACGGGGAUGGCGGAUGCCACCAAGAGCAUGCCGCCCCUGCACGCGGCCCCGCGCAGGAAGCGGAGGGUGCUCUUCUCGCAGGCGCAGGUGUACGAGCUCGAGCGGAGAUUUAAGCAGCAGAAGUACCUGUCCGCGCCCGAGAGGGAACAUCUGGCCAGCAUGAUUCACCUGACCCCGACCCAGGUCAAGAUCUGGUUCCAGAACCACAGGUACAAGAUGAAGCGGCAGGCCAAGGACAAGGCGGCGCAGCAGCUGCAGCAGCAGCAGCAGCAGCAGCAGCAGCAGGAGGGCAGCGCGUGCCAGCAGCAGCAGGCGCAGCAACAGGCGCAGCAGUCCCCGCGGCGCGUCGCCGUUCCCGUGCUCGUGAAGGACGGCAAGCCGUGCCAGAACGGCAGCAACACGCCCACGCAGAGCCAGCAGCAACAGCAGCAGCAGCAGCAGCAGCAGGUGCAACAGCAGCAUCAGCACCAGCAUCAGCAUCAGCAACCGCAGCAGCAGCAGCAGAACGGCUCCACUAUAGUGAUCCCUGCGUCCAGCAACGUGCUGAGCCAACACCAAAAUCAACAGGUGAAUGCGCUGGUGCAGGCCCAGGACCUGGAGGAGAUGUCCCCCAGCCCCCCAUCACUGCACAGUCAGAUGAGCAGCAUGGCGCAGAUGGACACUUCGGCUGUAGAUUACACCAACAACAUGGUCACUUCAAACUUGCUCUAUGGCAGAACGUGUGAGGAGGGGGCCCCACGAGGACCGGGUCGGCCACGCUUUUACGCAAAGGCACCGUUUGGGGACCCUUUUGUGGGCAUCUCUGAGGUCGAAAGGGUGAAACCGUUUGCGUCGUUCACUUCUGGGACUUCCUUCUUAUGUUCAUGUAGUAAAUGUUGUUACCAGGAAUGCUGCUCCACUUUUUGAUGACAUUGAGGGAUGAGGGGGGUGCAGACCAGGCACGGGGGAGCGGGGGGGGGGCGGUGGGUAUUACGGUCUCCAACCCUAAAAUGGACUAAAUCACAAACUCAUCGCAGUGUUUACCUAAUAUUUUAUUAUAUAAGUAUUGUAAAAUAAUUUAGACAUGUAGAAAAAAAUGAAAGUAGUCAUUGCAUAUUGGACUAAUACACGAGACUUGGUUUACAUGUAUUAUAAUUGUUACGGAAAAUCUUUUUGUUUGUUUGUUUUUGUUUUGUUUGUUCUUUUAUUUCUUUUUUUUUUUGUAAGUUAAAAAGAAAAGGA